AGGGAGAGAGAGAGAGAGGGAGAGAGAGGGAGGGAGAGAGAGAGAGAGGGAGGAAAAAUCUGCAGCGGAGACACAAACAGAGCUGUUUGGAAAUUAAACUCAGUUACUGAAGAGAUUUUUGGAGAAUUUUUUGGAGCUUUGGUGAAGCCGCGAGCACUUUUCUUUCUUUUCUUUCUUUUCUUUUCUUUCUUUUUUUUGGAAGCGCGAGGAGCAAAAACAGCAUUUACACACCGGGAGUGUGAAGAGCGCGAGACCUUUUAAUCCUCUGGGAAUCCGUUUGCUAAAACAAACAAACAAACAAACAGACAGACAGACAGACAGACAGAAAGAGAGACAGACAGAUAGAGAGAGAGAGACAGACAGAUAGAGAGACAGACAGAUAGAGAGAGAGAGAGAGAGAGAGAGAGCGCGCGCGCGCAGGAGGCGGCGGCGGAGCAGCAGUGCAGCGGGAGGCGGAAUGCACGCGGGGCUGCCGGGGGAAGGGCAGCGGUUUGCAGUGAGCACCGGAGCCCCGGGACUCGGCGCUCAUCACCGGCACUCAGCGCGCAGCAGGUCGCUCCGCCUCGCGGGUCCCGCGUCUCUCUGAUCCCCCGCGCGGGAUUUAAUCCACCGCCUUUAGCUGAAGCAGGAUUUGGCACCGGAGCAGGAGAAUUUUAUGGACACUUUGAUGUUUUUAAUUCCCCGCCUCGGACCGGAGGAAGUUAAUGACUGGCCUUUAAAGCUUUAAGAAAAAGGGAUUUUUUCAGCUGCAGUUAUUUUAGUUUAGAAUAAAAGAAUAAAUCCAGCUCAGUAAAUGAUGGAGGCGGUGACGCGGCCGAUUUUUCAGCCUCAUCCGGGACUGCAACAAACUCUGAAGCAGUUCCACCUCAGCUCCAUGAGCUCCCUGGGCGGCCCCGCGGCUUUCUCCGCGCGCUGGCAGCACGAGCUGUUCGGUAAGGACGGAGAGGAGCUGGAGCGCGCGGCGGCGGCGUCGGUGGCGGCGGCUGCGGCGGCGGCGGCGGCGCACGUGCCCCCGCCGAGGCCGCCCCCGGUGCUUCCGGUGCCGCUGUUCAUGGCGAGUGACCGGAGCACGGAGCGCUGCGAGACCCUGCUGGAGGGAGAGAGCAUCUCGUGCUUCGUGGUCGGCGGCGAGAAGCGGCUGUGUCUGCCGCAGAUCCUCAACACGGUGCUGCGCGACUUCUCCCUGCAGCAGAUCAACGCCGUGUGCGACGAGCUGCACAUCUACUGCUCGCGCUGCACCGCCGAGCAGCUCGAGAUCCUCAAGGUCGUCGGCAUCCUGCCGUUCUCCGCGCCGUCCUGCGGCCUCAUCACCAAAACGGACGCCGAGCGCCUGUGCAACGCGCUGGUGAGGCCGGGCGCGCGCUCCCGGGGCGCCAAGGAGCUGGAGGUGAAGGGCUUCAAGGUGUACCACGAGUGCUUCGGGAAGUGUUCGGGGAUCUUCGUGCCGGAGCUCUACACGAGUCCCGGGGCCGAGUGCAUUCAGUGCGCGGAGUGCGGGGUCAUGCACGCGCCGCACAAGUUCGUCGUGCACGGGCACAAGGCUCUGGAGAACCGGACUUGCCACUGGGGCUUCGACUCGGCCAACUGGAGAGCCUACGUUCUCCUGAGUCCCGAGUACGGCGAGAAGGAGGAGAACGCCAAGCUGGAGGCGCUCCUGCACGAGCUCAAGGAGAGGUUCGACUUCGCCAACAAGUACAAGAGGAGAUCUUCAGGGGUCCUGGAUGUGGUUCCCAUUAAAAAGUCCAAGCAUGAUGAUUUCUCUCACUCGCCCUCGGCAGAUAAAGACAAGAAACCUGAUUGGCUGCGCUCUCUCUCUGCCUCGGCCAAUAAGGGUUUUAACUGCAUUCAGCCGCGACAGAGAGUGUCCGCGUUCAGGCCCUGGUCCCCGAACAUCACCGAAAAGGACGGAGCCACAAAAGCAGCUAGCGUGCCACGGGACAGUUUUUAUAACUAUAAGUCUCUGGAGAACUCGGUGGCUCCGAACGUGGCUCUGCCUCCGAUGCAGAAGGGGGCGCCGGCGUCGCUGUCGGUCCUGAGCGGCGCGAGCCGCGGCGAGGAGCGCACCGAGGGACACGGGAAGACCAGGAAGAGGAGGAUAACCGGCGAGGGUCACCCAGGACACGCCCCCUCCGGCCACGCCCAGCAAAGCCACGCCCUAUCUCGAGCACCUCCACCAAUGACGGAGGAGCGAGACUCGGACGUGGAGGUCGAGGUUCGAGAUGAAGUGACCUCCUCGCUGUCGUCCCUCUCGUCUCCUUCGUUCACGUCCUCCAGCUCCGCUAAGGAGCUCAGCUCUCCCGGAGUCGCAGGGGUCACGGGGGUCGCCGAGGUCACCGCGGGGUCGGGGUCGGGGUCCGGGGCGGAGAGCCAGGUGGGCGGAGCUUCUGUGGACUCGGAGCUGGACACCCUGAGACAGGCGCUGGACGGAGGAAUGGAGUCGCGCGAGUCGAAGGAGAAACUCCUGCACGAGAUCCUGAAGAUGAGGGUGAAGCAGGAGGAGAAGCUGGGCUCGGCUCUGCAGGCCAAACGCAGCCUGCAGCAGGAGCUGGAGUUCCUGCGUGUGGUGAAGAAGGAGAAGCUGCGUGAGGCGAGUGAAGCUAAGCGCGCUCUGCGUAAGGAGAUGGAGCGACUGCGAGCCGAGAACGAGAGGAAGAUGAAGGAAGCGAACGAGACUCGAGCUCGACUCAGCAGAGAGCUGGAGGAGGCCAAGCAGCUGCGCAAGUGCGACAAAGGCUGCGAGUCAGCGCGCAUGCGCUCCAAGUACUCUGCUCAGAUCGAGGAGCUGCAGAUGAAGCUCCAGCUGGCCGAGGCAGAUCGUGAGCAGCUCCGCUCUGAGCUCCAGCAGGAACGUGAAGCUCGUCAGCACCUCGAGAGGGUCGUCAAAGAUCUACAGGAUCAGCUGUGGCCCAAACCCGAGGAGGAAACACACACAGAGCUGAGCGGGAAAACUCCAUCAGCUUCAUCUGCUUCAAACGCUAAAGAGUCCGACAAUUAACACACACUCUGUCUGUAGACACACACACACACACACACAUGCAGUAAUCAUGAGGAGCACGAGGAGAGAGACGCUGUACAGUGACUGAAGACGUUGAAAUGAAAAAGAUGAAGAAGAAAGACGGAUGUGUAAAAUGGAAGAAGACACUUAAGUGGAAAAUCGGAAGUGUGUGUUACGGAUGUGAGCAGAGACUCGCGCUUCCUCGUCAGCUCCCGGGAUGCACUGAUCCUGACUCGGAAUUUCUGACGUCGAGAUGAACACAGGACACGAAAUGUUUCAUAUCACACUUCAACUUUUUAAUCACGGUUUACAGAAAGAGCACGAUGUUGUAUUUGUAAAAUUCUGUGCAAAGCGAUGCCUAUGUUAGCAUUUUUUAAAAAAUUACACCGUGCCCGUUUGCUAGCGUGUUUACGGUAAACCUGCUACUCCUGGAAUUACGGUAAUGUGGUGUGACAGAUGGGAUCAGUGCAUCGCUGUGAAACUUUAUAUCAUAUCACAGUAAAUAUAAACACGGUUGAUAUUAAAAACAUAAGCACAAACAUAUUCUUGUGCUUAAGACUUUUUAAAAAAAAAAAAAAACAGAGGCUUUUAUACACAUUUAAAAUCGAUUCUUUACACGAGGAAGAAACUUCGGAGACGAAUAAUUCUCGUCAUCUCUUCGUUAACCGUUAAGAAAGUGUGUGUUUUUACACUCUCCUCUUUUUGUAACAGACUAUUUAUCAGACGAGUUACGAUACAAAAACAAAAAUUUCUUUUUUGAAAAUUUUUUCAAAGAAAUCGUAUCUCUGUGUCGCUUGCUAUCGUUGCUAUUACAUCAUUUCUUAAUAAACACACACACACACACACACACUUGUACCUGAGCGCGUUUGGGUCAAAACCUCGUAAGUGUAUCUUAAAAAGAUAGUUGAGUGUGUGUGUGUGUGUGUGUGUGUGUGAGACGCUAACAGCUUCACUGUGCAUAUCCACCGUUGCGACGCUAACAGUUAGCAUCAUGCUAAAUCAUGGCGGCCAUGUUUUUUCGUAGGGCUGUUUUUAAAAAAAAAGCGACAGAAUGUUCUUUUUAAGUAAAUUAUAUGUAAAUAUGAAUGUUUUUUUCUUUUUUUUAACUUUACAAUAAUGAAUCGCACUUUGUCAUAACGAGAUCCUGCGUAAAAAAAUGCAUUAGCCUCUCUGUACCUUUAUUUCAGAGUUUAGCCUCCAGGAGUAUAGAAAAUAAAAAAAAUAAAUAAUAAAUAAUAAUAAUAAUAAAAAGCAUUAUGUUGAUUAUAUGCAACACAGUUACAUGCAAUGUAAUCCUAUGUUUAAGGCAGAAAUAUUGUAAAUAAACAUUUCAGAACAAAAAAGAGGGUCUUUAUGCUCUGCUUUGCUGAAACACUUCUCUAAACAAACUCAAAUUAAAUUUUUUUUUUUAUUUUAUUUCUACAGUCAGUCCAGAAGUGUGAGAGCUGUUUAUUCUUUUCUUAUUUUAUCAGCUAUUAAACUCAAAUAACAUUCAACAUUGUGCCGGUAAUCAACAAUAAGAAAUUAAAGCUAGCUUUGUUUCCGUUAUCUUUGUUCAGUAAGCUAGCUAGCAUUAUGCUGAACUACACUGACUUAACAAACUCAGCUAGCUAGCUAAGCUAUCUAUCUAUCUAUGUUAUUAAAUAUAGCGAUAUAUUUACUCACUCACUUUCCAUAACUGCGUUUAUAGUUAAAUAUUAAAGUAGCUAAACCAGUAGCUAACUAGGAGUUAGCUACUAUCACUAUAAAAUAAAAUAAAUAAAACAUCUGAAACACUGCAGAAGCGAGACGUAACCCGGGAAUGCGUCAUUGUAGUUUACGAUCUUAGCACGAUAAUGGAUUAUGUAAAAGGUUACUGCCAUGUUUUCGGAUUAUAAGAGAUGUUUUAUCCUCUAGCAGGUGACGAUACGUACGGAAAAGCAACGUGUGUUAUCAGUUAUACGUUAUCUUGCGCUAUAUGAGCGGUUACGCUAGUUUGUGGAAAAUAACCAUCAGAGCUAACUUUGUGCUAAUUAGUAAGUCUGUUGUGUUACAUUUCGCCAAUCAGGCUUCACUAAACAUCAUAGCUGCGUCGCCUGCUAACGUGCUCGAGCGAGAUAAUAACAUAGCUCUAAUACGUUAUCUCAGCCAAUCAGAGCGCAGGUUUCAUGUUUAUAUUGUUGAAUGGUGAGGGACGUGUUUGCGUGUUUGCUAGCUGAUAAAAUAAAAACAUUUCUCAGACUCUCGGAGCUGAACUGUACGAGUGUGAGCUACGCUGACACUCGCGCUCUGAGCCGUUAUUGCUGUUAUUCAUGUACUUUGAGCAUUUUUUUAAAAAUGUUUUCAAUAAACAAUUUUUUUUCUUAUGCAUGACAUUUUAAAGAAUUUAAAAAUAAUCUGCUGUUUGUGUAAUGAUCAUUAUCGGGCAUUAAUAAUGUUUAUAUAAUAGUUUAUUGUGUUAAUUACAUUUAUACAGAAAAUAUUCAUUAAAAUAACUCCAACUACACACACACACACACACACACACUCACACACACACACACACACACACUCACACACACUCACACACUCACACACACACUCACACACACGCAAUAUUCAUUUAGCUAAAUGCUAAAAGCUACACAUGAUGCGGGUGUGUGGUGAAUUUUUUAUUUUUUUUUGCAAACAAUUUUAUCCAAAUUAAAUGCACACUGAUGUUCAUUUUGCCAUAAAUAAAUAAAUAAAUAUAUAACUAACUAACUAAAUAAAUAAAUAAAAACUCCUUGCAAAAAUUGUGCAAAAAUUCACAAUUCAAUUUUAAAUGUCUUUUUUAACAUUUUAAAAAUAUUUCCUUUUUAAGAAUUUACGUAAUAUAUAAAGCUACAGAGAUCUCCACAUUUAUAAAAUAAAAAAAUUAAAGCCUGGUGUUGUUCUUUUUGCGAGUUUGAACAGAAAACACGGCGAUUUUGUAGUUUUUCACUCUAAAAGAUGUGUGUACUUUAACUUUCAUGUUUUUUUUUCUUUUAUAUAUAAAAAAAUGAGAAAUUUUGCUAAAAAUUUGGUAAAAUUGUUUCUAAACGAGAGCCAUUCUUUUGCUAAUAACAGCAAUAACAGGACAUGCGUUAGAUACACAAACUGUAAAUAUUUUUUUAAAAGAUAGAUUUUACAAUGUUGUAUUAUAAAUAUAUCUUGUGUUUGUUUUUUUUAAAGAAAAUAUUCAAUAGUUGUUUUACAAAACAAUUUCAUUGCUACUUUACAAGCUUAGUUUAUUUUGUGCAUUUUUUUGCCUUUAUUUUGAAUUUCAAUACUUUUUUUAAAUUGUUUAGUACCGUCUGUAUCAGUUCAUUUUAAUUUCACGGUCAUCAGUAUUUUAUUUUUUUAUUUUGCUCCUCCGUAACGAGGCACGUGCGCAGUCACGUUAUCGUGAUUUUUACGAUAUUAUUACGAUAUUUAUCUGGUGCACAGAAUCUGUCCGAAAGAAAAAGAUUUAUGAAACUGGAAUGUGAUAAUAAUAAUAAUAAUAAUAAUAAUAGUAAUACUGUUGUUUUGCGUGGUGAAAUAUCGUAAUAAUAUCGUAGAUGUGAUUCCGAGCACGUGCCCGACCCCACAGGAAGUUCGUUUGUUGCGUCUCAGCCCUUCACUGCUGCUAUAACGAAAUGUUAUAAACGUUACAGUUUUACAGCAAGCCUAUUUUUAUGUACGAGAUUAAAAUUACGCUUUGUUUAUUAACGCCGCAGAUAUAAAAAUAAAAUCUUUCCCUCUUUAUUUCUUCUUUUUCUGCAUAUAGACUGUAAGAUAAAGGACUUUAUGAGACUGCGCUAUAAACCGCAUUGAGAAAAUGUACAGUGUAAAGAUGCAUUAAUCAGAAAUAAAACUGUUUGUCUUAAA